AUGGUUUCCGAAAAAGAAAGAGAUAAUUUUUGUGUCCGUUUUACCGGCAAAAAUUAUUCGGCAUGGGAAUUUCAAUUUAAGAUGUAUGUUAGAGGAAAGGGAUUAUGGAGUCACUUAGAUGAUGUUUCUAAGGCACCGGCGGAGAAAACUGCUUUAGAUGUGUGGGAAACUAAAGAUGCUCAAAUCAUCACUUGGAUUCUCAACAGUAUUGAUCCUCAGAUGAUCAAUAAUUUGCGCUCUUUUUCAACUGCUCAAGAAAUGUGGAAUUAUUUGAAGCGCAUUUAUAACCAGGACAAUUCGGCAAAACGGUUUCAGUUAGAGCUAGACAUAGCCAACUAUAAACAAGGUGACUUGUCUAUUCAAGAAUACUAUUCUGGUUUUCUAAAUCUCUGGACAAAACACUCUGCUAUUAUACACGCUAAGGUUCCCAAGACCUCCCUCGCGGUUGUUCAAGAAGUUUACAACACCAGUGGGCGAGAUCAAUUUCUCAUGAAACUUCGUUCAGAAUUUGAGGUUGUCAGAGGUGCUUUGCUAAAUAGGAAUCAUGUUCCUUCUUUGGAUACUUGUGUUGGUGAACUUCUCAGGGAAGAACAACGUCUGAUUACUCAAGGAGUUAUGUCUCAUGAUGCUGUCAGUUCCAAACCCGUGGCAAUUGCAUAUGCUGCUCAGAGCAGAGGAAAGGGUUGUGAUAUGCGACAAGUCCAAUGUUUUUCUUGCAAACAAUUUGGACAUAUUGCUCGCAGCUGCAGUAAGAAUACUGGUGCAUCUAAUAGCGGUGUUAUACAACCUGAAAUGAUUCAACAAAUGGUACAUUAUGCUCUUUCAGCCUUGGGAAUUCAGGGUAAGUCUUCUAAUGUUUCUCAACCGUGGUUUCUUGAUUCUGGCGCAUCCAAUCACAUGACGGGCUCCUCUGAAUACUUGCACAAUUUACAUUCUUAUAAUGGCAAUCAACAAAUUCAAAUUGCCGAUGGUAAUAAACUCACUAUCACUGAUGUUGGUGACAUAAACUCUAACUUUCGUGACGUGCUUGAGCAGGUGUCGGGGAAGGAUUGGCAUAGAAAAUCGGGCCAUCCAAAUUCUGUUGUUUUGUCUCAUUUAUUUAAAACUGGUUUGUUGGGAAUUAAACAUGUUUGUACUGCUUCUAUUUCAUGUUCUGUUUGCAAAUUGGCUAAAAGUAAAACACUUCCUUUUCCAUCAGGUGCUCAUCGUGCCUCCACUUGUUUUGAGAUGAUUCAUAGUGAUGUGUGGGGAAUGUCUCCCGCAGCAUCUCAUGCUCACUAUAAAUAUUUUGUCACAUUUAUUGAUGACUACAGUCGUUUUACUUGGAUAUAUUUUCUUCGAUCUAAGUCUGAAGUGUUUUCUAUGUUUCAGAAGUUUUUGACAUAUGUUGAAACUCAAUUUCAAGCAAGUGUGAAAAUUUUUCGAUCUGACUCUGGAGGUGAGUAUAUGUCUCAUGAGUUUCAGGAGUACCUUCAACAAAAAGGGAUCUUAUCUCAACGAUAUUGUCCCAAUACCCCCUAG